GGAGGGGUGCGCAGCUGAAAGCGGGCAGCGCUGGGCGCGCCGCGGGGUCUUCCAGAGCGCAGGAAUAGCUUCGUCUCUGCUCCGUUGGGCGGCACCGGAGAGCCGCAGCUCCGAGCUGCCCCGCCUCGCAGUUCUGACUUCUCAAAGAGAGCUCAAAUUGCUGUCUGAAGCAAACUGAGGAAAUAAUUAUUUUUUGAAUGUGCCUUCUCUUAAUGGAGAUUAAACGCAGUCUCACCUAGAAGAGAUUGGGCUCUCUGUUUCCUAUGGAAAAUCAAUCCUGUUUCAUCUUUCUGCAGGGACAGACGAGCAGUGCUCUCUGCUGCUCAGUGGCGGACGGGAGCUGCAUGCAGCUCUGCCUUCUUUUUCAGCCUUGUGCUCAUUUCUGAGACAAUCUGAUUUUGUGCAUUUCUCUACAAUUCAGAUCGUUUCAGGGGAACCCAAUCUGUGUUUCAGCUCGUUGGUUCUUCUCCAAGUAAUAAAUGAAGGCAGUUAAAUUUGAAUUAAUCACUCUGACGUUUUCAGCUGCCCUGGAGGAAGAGCUGCUCUCCCUGGGAGCCCCAGGAGUACGAGCACAUGCCAAGAUCUUGUGAAUGAGAGAAGUCAGUAUCUAAAGAACACAGCAAAACGACAAGAAAUGUAGUCACUGCCCUUUUAAGGGAAUCUUUCAGAUAGGAACGAGUUUGGAAGAGCAGACAGAGGUGCCACUGGGACUCAGCAGUGCCACGAGCAGAGUAACCCAGGCUGUCUCUGACAGGGUCCUGCUCACCUUCACACCGUGAGGUCCCACCAAAUCACGCAGAGCACGGAGGGUGGGCAGUGCUCGAAGCUAGAAAAGUAAUGGAGCAUCAGCGCCUUGCGGGACCAAUCCCUUCUCGAAGAGGACAGAUCCUUGCUUUGCGAUGUAGUGCACCUACCUGAGUGGGAUGGAGUCCCGGACCUUCUCUUAAUAAAAGCAGUAAAAAUCUCUGGCACCGUAUGAGUUAAGAAGAAAUAAAACCCAGACUGGGCAGCAACAAAGGCAACAGUUCACAAACACAUCUCGAAUUGUCAAAACGUUUUCCAUUGUGGCGGACGAUCGGAUCGUCCUUCUCUCGGUGACAGGAAAUGCCACACGCGGCGCAGCUGAAAAUUGCUGAUCUGGGAAGAGGACAAAAGCCGCGCCGUGCCCGCGGAGCUCUGCAGCCGCACCCCGCUGCCAAAUCGCUCCGCGCCGAUCUCGGCGCCGCACCCGCAGCCCCGGCUGGGCUCGGCCUCCGCCACCCCCCCCAGCUCUCCUGCCAGAGGCGGGGACCCAACCCAGCGCAUCCCAGCGCAUCCUCUCGCGGCACCAUUCGCCUCCUCGCAGCUGCAGCUGCUCUGCCGCCCCGUCUCGCUGCCGCUUCCUCCCCUCCCGCGAGGAUGCACCAGCAGAGCACUGCGCUGUGGGUCCACCAGCAGUGACCCAUGGGAUGACAGCCCCACACACCGGGCUCAUAGGAGACACGUCAGGGAGAGGAGCGGGAGAGCUGAGUCUGGGCAGGAGGCAGCAUGGGAGCAAACACCUCCAGCAAGUCACUGCCCUUCAAUGAGAACGAAGAAGUUACCUUCGACCAUUUUGAGAUACUGCGAGCGAUUGGGAAGGGCAGCUUUGGAAAAGUCUGUGUUGUACAAAAGAAUGACACCAAGAAAAUGUAUGCCAUGAAAUACAUGAACAAGCAGAAGUGUGUGGAGCGUAAUGAAGUGAGGAAUGUCUUUAAGGAGUUGCAGAUCAUGCAGGGCCUGGAACACCCCUUCCUGGUUAAUCUCUGGUACUCAUUCCAAGAUGAAGAGGACAUGUUCAUGGUGGUAGACUUGCUGCUCGGAGGGGACCUGCGGUACCACCUCCAACAAAACGUGCGAUUCCAGGAAGGCACCGUGAAACUGUUCAUCUGUGAGCUGGUGUUGGCCCUCGACUACCUCCAGAGCAGACACAUCAUCCACAGGGACAUCAAGCCUGACAACAUCCUCCUGGAUGAGCACGGACAUGUGCACAUCACCGACUUCAACAUCGCCACAAUGCUGACUAAAGAAACACAGGUCACCACAAUUGCUGGCACAAAGCCGUACAUGGCACCUGAGAUGUUUAACUCUACAAAACCCAUCGGCUAUUCCUUUGCUGUGGACUGGUGGUCACUUGGAAUCACUGCCUAUGAGCUGCUCAGAGCCCGGAGGCCGUAUCAUAUUCGCUCCAACACUUCCACAAACGAAAUUGCUCAUGUGUUUAAGACAGCUACAGUGAUGUACCCUGCUGCUUGGUCUGAGGAAAUGGUGACGCUGAUCAAAAAGUUGCUCGAGACAAAUCCUGAUAAGCGUUUUUCUCAGCUGAAAGAUAUCCAGGACUUUCCCUAUCUGUCAGAUGUAAACUGGAAUGCUGUUCUCCAGAAGAGGAUAAUGCCAGAAUUCAUUCCUACGAAAGGAAGACUGAACUGUGACCCAACCUUUGAACUUGAAGAGAUGAUCCUGGAGUCCAAACCUCUUCACAAGAAGAAGAAGCGCUUGGCUAAGAAGGAAAAAGACGCCAACAAAAGCAAUUCCUCACAGGCCUGCCAUCUUCAAAAGCACCUAGAGACACUCCAGAGGGAAUUCAUUGUUUUCAACAGAGAAAAGGUGAGACACCAGCACGAGAUCCAGCAGCACGCAGCACUGGCCAAGUGCAGAGACAUGCACAAGGACAGCCAGAACAACAACCUCUGAGAACCACAGCCCUGGCAGCAGGAGGCUCUAGGACUGCCCCUACAGCUUGCCACCAUUCAUUAGAAACAGCCCAUGAUUUUGCCUUCCAUGACAGCAGAAAUGUGUUUGUGUGAGAAGGGUGAGAUGCUCAGCACUCUUCCACUGGGGUUGGCCAGGUGGUAUCACAGCCUGCUGAGCACCAGGCACCCACCCACAGAAACACAUCAUCACCAGCCCUUGUCAUGGUGGGAUCUGCAGCUGUGUGCCCUGGCUCUUUGGGCCAAGAUUCCUGCAUGGGUUCCUACAUGGAGCUGAUUUUUCCAGGUGGAAGACACUGCUCUGACUUGCAGUGCCUUCAGUGGCAUGCAGCAAUGGCCUCAACUUGCAGAGAUCUGCAAACAUCCUCAGAAGGGCUGGUGCUGCUCUUCCCCAGCUGGCAAGGGCAGUGAGGUUCCAUCCAUGCCCCCUCUCCUCACUGCUUGCAGAGCCAACUGGUGCAGAGCCAGACAGGCACACAGCUGAACAGGGAAGUGACACAGUGACAGCCAAGUACUGGUGAAUGAGCAGCAUCCCAGAGCUUCUCCAGGCCAUCCUGAAAAACCAUUCACAAACAUGUUAAACUGCUGCAAAUUUCUGAAUCUGAUGGGGUCAUGGCUUCCAACAUCAGAGGUAAAUUUGAAUGCGUACUUUUCAUCUCUCUGCUGUUGUCUUCACACUUGACUUAAACAGCAACAGCUGUGCUCCUGGUGCAGGCUUUGCCAAGAGUGAGACUGACCAAAGCAUCUCUAUUAAGGUAAAUGCUAGGUAUUAUGCUAUUAUUCAAAUGCUUUUGCAGACCAGACCUUUCACCUCUUUAUUUGACAUUUUUCCUAAUCUCAACAAUAUAAUAAACAUGUGUCUCCCAUUUGCCCAAAGGUGUUCUUGUAUCCCCUGUACCUUCCUGUCUCUCUCCUCUGGCUAAACCUGAUUAAUUAAAAAAAAUCCAAAUAAAACAGACAGCAAAUGAAAGACUCCUUCCCAGGUAAUCAAAAGCCACUGUUUCUUCAGAGGUCACUUGCAGUGCAAGGCAGAAUAGGUCUGGGAGGGCUGGGUAAAGCCAGGCUAUGACAACCUGCAAAGCACUGGGCUACAGCUACCUAGGAGAGGAUCACACACCACAAACCCGGAGAAGGGAACUGGCCCUGCUCCUCGCUGGGGCAAAGAUCAAUGCUGUUGUACUGGCUGACAAAAAAA